AUGGCCGACAGUCUCGAUCCGCGCCGCCCGCACGGCCUCGCGGCCAAGGCCCAUCGCCUCGGCGCGCCCGAGCCCUCUGCUCCCGAGGCUCAAGCCGGCGCCCCGACGCUGGAUGCGCCUCCCGCUCCUCACCUCGCCGUCUGCCCUCCCGCGCCCCCGGGCCAUCAGCCCAAGCCGGACGCGGCCGAGCAGAACAAGGCCAGCAUCCCCGAUGGUGCCGGUCCCGCGCUUGCCGCCCCGCGGCCGGUCGAAAUCCAGUCCGUGCCUGAGACUCCUGUCAACGGGGCGACGCCCGCGGGUGGCACGCCCCGGCCGGAGCUCAAAAUCGCCGAGGACUCGCCAGCUCAGGACUCGCCCAAGGAGCCCGUCGUGAUCACGGGCAUCAACGAGCCGGCCCCCACGCCUACGGCUUCUGUUCCCACCAGUGUGCCGUCGGGAGUUGAGACCCCGGUGAAUUCGCUCGUCAACGGCGGCAGCCAGCCAGCCCCCAGUGAGCCUGCCGUCGCGAAGGAGCCUUCCGCUCCGAGCGAGCCCGCUGCCCCGGUCACGCACACCGGCCCUGCUGCGGAGCCCGUCCCUGCCCCGGCCCCCGCUCCCGCUCCGGACGCGAUCGCGGACGCCGUAUUGCCCGUCAACGCCGAGCCGUCACGGCCCGCAGAGCCCGAGCAAGACAUUCCUCCUGCGCCUGGCCGUCCUGGCAAUGGUAUCACGCCCGCCGAGCCGGGCAAGCCGGCCGUGCCCCUCGACGAGCCGUCUGUCGGCGAGAAGCGCAAGUUUGACGACGCGGCGGCUUCGGCACCCGCUCCCGCGGCCGCCCCUGUUCCUGCUUCAGAGGGCCCCAUUGUUCCCCUGACGGAUGACAAGACGGAUCUGCCCCCAAAGCCAGUUCCGGCUCAGGAUGACCAGCCUGUGGACAAGCGGCCCAAGGUCGACGACUCCACCGCGGACCUCAAUGGCGGCAGCUCCUCCAACGGCAGCGCCAAGCCUGGUCCCGGCCGGCCCAGGAAGGACAAGAAGGCGGCUCCCGCGGUGGGCCGGACGGCGCGCAAGACGCGCAGCCAGGGUCCUGCCGACCUCUGA